ACAAAUAAAAAAUCUCAUUUUGACUUGCAUAUGCAAUUGCAUUUGUUGCAAGCUUGCAAAUAUGUAAUUGGUAACCACAUCAAUGCAAUAGAUUUUGCAAUUGCACACACUCAUGUCAUGUCAUCUUGCAAUUGAUAUUACAAUACCAAUGUGGAUGCUCUUACGAGAAAAAUUGAAGGAAAAGUAGGGUGACAGUUUACUAAUAAAAUAAAUAAAUAGUUUGUUACGAUUCUUUUUUUUAAUGAUGUGCUACCAAUGAAUAUCUUUUAAUAAAGGGAGUGGUACAAAGAGAAUUUUUUUAUCAAUUACUUUUUUUAAUAAAUUAUAUUUUAUAAAGUAAAAAAAACAUAUUAAUUAAAAUUUUCAGAAAAUGCAAAUAUGGGAGAUAACACUAUUCCCCCACACUUAAGUUCAAAGCUAGGUGAUAUUAGGGGCGGAGCUACACUAUGGUGUGGAGGCCCCUCCGAGAAUUCCGAAAGUUACGUAUAAAGUUUUCUUGAUUUUUGAAAACAAUGUAUAAACUGGAUUGAUAAUGAAAACGGUUGCAAAAGAUGGAACAUUAAGUAGUUUAGUCUAACGGAAGGGUAUUAAUACUUAAUCUGGUCAUUGGAAGUAUUGUAGGUUCGGUAAUCCAUGCUGUCAUUUCUGUUCCUCUUCUGGUUUUUUCAUACUCCACACUGCAAUUUUUGUUCCUUUUUUGGUUUAUACUUUUUAGUUGUACUUUGCAUGAAAGUUCAAUAGAAUCAUCUAGUUCUCAUAUUUAGUUUCUUACUUAAGAUCUUUUACUUAAAAUUAAAUUCUUCAACAUUGCAUUUCAAAGUUUUGAGGACUCUUUUGAUUUUUGAAUAUACAAUGAGUAGUUUUUUAGUGUAUGGUAGGCAUUCAUAUUUUAGCUCAAAAUAUAGUGAAAACUUUGCUUUAUAAUGUUUAUAAAAAUUUUCGGCCCCCCUAAUGCUCGAAUCCCGCUUCCGCUCCUAGGUGACAUGGUGGCAUAACAUUUACACAAGCUUGGAUUUUCACAUUUUAAGCACAACAAGACCACAAGCAAUAAGAGGCAUGAAACUAGGUAUUUCAUAUAUUGAAUAGGAUGCAAAAGCAAGUCUAAAUCAUGCCUUGAUGCUAACAAUACAACAUGCACACAAGGGUAUGAAGGCUAGAAAAUUUAACAAACACUUGGUGGGUAUAUCAUUCAAAAGAGCCAAAACAUGCAAAAAAAAUUCCACCUAGGCAUCCACAAGCCAUCAUACACCUCAAACUGUAUCAUCCAUUCAUCAUUCAACUAAUCACUCGCCUAAUUCAAUCAUAUCAUGCAAAAAUAUCAUUCUCCUCACCUAAGUACCCUAGAACCACUUUUUCAAAAUUGACAAGGUAGAGGCAUUUACACACUUGGAAACACAAGUAGGCACAUUGGGGAAGGUGAGGAAAAGGCAAGGGAGUAAAAACUUGGCCAAAAAAUUGACACGGGGAGGUCGCUGGAAGCUCAAUGGAGGCUCGACAUUGGUGGAACAGUGGUAACGGAUAACCGCGAGAUUGGCACCGAAGGAGCUCAAUGGAGGCUCGACAUUGGUGUGUGCUUGUUUUUUUAUUUUGGGUCUCCAGAAGUCAACGAAAACAUCUAACAAUCGUCGGGGUUAAAACGGUUGUUAAUAAGACUUUUUUUUGUUGCCAUAGUUAUCCCUGAAGGGAGCAGUAUAGAUACAACAAUACAUAAGGCCUACUAAGAUCAAGCUAGGAAGUUUAAAGAAAAACACGAUGGUCGACAAGUGUCUGCACUAUCGCUCUAAGGGCUUGUCUUGCCACUAUAUGGGCAGCUCUAUUAUACCUAAGGAGAGCAAAAUAAAGCGUAGCACGAAUGAAAGAAGCUCUCAAUGCCUGAAUCUCUUGCAGGAGAGCUCCACCCACCGCGAGCUACGAGUCCCUUGCAUUGAUCAUCCUAACAAUCACCUGAGCAUCCACGCGAAACAAAACAUUAGUGAAAGAGUGAGCCAGAGUUGCGAAGAGCCAGAAGCUCUUCGAGAAAAGGGACAUAGACAUUAGGAAGAAGAAUCCUGAAGACGUAGUGAAUAAAACUUAAUAACUACUGUUAUUUUAUUGUAGCCAAUAGUUUUAACUACCAUUUAUUUGGCCCAAUUGUACAUAUUUCCUCCCAUAUUCUUUAGAUGUUUGAGGCAUUUUCACUCUGUGAGGUUCGGUUUUACGCUAGGUUGUGCUUGUUUCUAGUGUGUUUCAGAUCCUAGCAGGUGGAAUCGACGUCGCGAAGGAAAGUUAGACAAAAAGGGGCAAAAAUGGAUAAAAGGGAGCUAACAACCGAAGAUCACGGUGGAAGCCAGAACUUCACGGUCAGGCCGACCGAGAUAAAGAGGCCAGGACCUUGAAGUGCAAGGCGACCAGGGAAGUUUUACAGCCUCGUGGGCUCACGAGAAAUCACGGUCGCUCAAUCGUGAUAAUCCGCUCUACACCGUGAAGUCCUUUAGUGAAACGACGUGCUUUUGUCCCGAAUCACGGUGCAAGGUUUGAGUUCACGGCGGUGAACUGGGACCGUGAAAAGUCGUCGAUCUGGGUAUAAAAUGGGAAGUGAAUGGAAAGAAGAGGAAGGAGAGAGCCUAGUGAGAGAACUUCUUCUUCCUCAGAUUUCUAGAGAGAGUAUGACGAACACAAGAGGAGAAGAAAGUUAGGGUUUCAUCCAAGCUCCAAGAUUUGAGAAUCUCAUCCUCCAAGGUUGAUCUCCACACCAAAGGAAGAAGACAAACAUCUCAAGAUGGUCUUUUCUCUUCUCCUUUAUCCUAUCCCUAGUCUUAGCAUAAAGUAGUUCCCUUUUUUCACUUGGGUGUUUGUGAACCCUAGCCAGAAUCAUGUGAUUGUUUGUAUGAAUUAAAUAAUUUGUGUAUGGUUGUGUUUUAAUGCAAGUAUUGAGAUAUUUUCAUGAAGGUUGUGUCGUGUUUUCCAUUUCCAACUAUUUUGCCAAUUUGACUUAGGUAGAGGGAAAUCCCCUUCUUGCUAAGAGGCUUUCAAAAACUGGAAUUUGUUGGACAAAUUGAGCCACCUACUUAGGCCGAUUUAGGGGAAAAAAUCUUACUACAUUUUAGCACCUUGGGUUGGUUGUAUUUUGGCCGUCGAGAUUAUGGUUUGAGGGAGAAGCCUUGGAAACCUUAGUCGAUUGGCCAAGAGAGCUAUUUUGGUAGCUUAAUUUGAUAUCCCUUGGCUAAUCGACCAAGAGAGUGAAGUUUCUUCACUAGUUGCGCUUCCCUACGGUUUACCACCACUUUUACCACACCCUUGCAUUCGGUUCAACUCAUCUUGAUAACUAGCUAGGGGAGCAACACCUGGGUGAAUCCUUCUCAAUUAGUGUUCAAAACCAUUUACCUUUCCAAUUGCUUUUAAUCGUAAUCCAUAGUUUUGACCAAAAAUCGAUUGCUAGAUAUGUUUAAAACAGUUGAAGUAGGGGGUACAUGAACCGACCCGGGUUUGACAUUUAAAUUCUUGCUCUAUACUGCACCCGGCUAGAGUUUAUACUUGGGCUCCAGUCGGGAUUUAAGGUAUUCGAAAAGAGUCAAGUUUUUUUUGGCGCCGUUGACGGGCAACUUAGUUCCAUUAUUUUGAAAAGAUUUUUUAGUGUUAAUCUAGCGUUUUCUUUUUGCUUUGUUGAUUGUGAAUCUUGCUUGUGUGCUUCGAGUUGUGUUUUUUUGAAGUGUGUGUAGGAGGGUGUACGACCCGGAGUAAUCCGACACUUUUGACGCCACUAGAUGAGAACCUCAACCGCACUCUCGGAAUCUUGGCUCGUGAGAGGGAGUUGGCAAACGCAAGAAGAAGGAUAGAGGAGAGGGGACAACCACAAGUUGAUCCCGAAGUUGAAGAAUAAGUUGAAGUUGAGGAGGAAGUUGAAUCGGAGGAAGAUGAAACUUUUUCACUAGUUGCGCUUCCCUACGGUUUACCACACCCUUGCAUUCGGUGCAACUAAUAUUGAUAACUAACUAGGGGGAGCAACACCCUUGUGAAACCUUCUCAAUCAGUGUUCAAAAUCAUUUACCUUUCCAAUUGCUUUUAAAUAUAAUCCAUAUAGUUUUAACCGAAAACCGAUUGCUAGAUAAUGUUUUAAACGGUUGAAGUAGGGGUACAUGGACUGGCCCAAAUUUGACAUUUAAAUACUUGCUCUAUACUACAACCGACCUGAGUUUAUACUUGGGCUCUAGUCGGGAUUUAAAUCAAGGUAUUCAGGAAUAGUCAACCAUAGAAUGAAACAGUAGUAACUAGUUAUUUAUUUUUAACUACCGUUUUGACUUUUAACAACGACCAAGUUAACCCACUGUAUUUAGACCGUGACUAAAAGUAUAACUAUCGUUUUGUGGCUAUUAACUACCAAGGUUUGUCCACUCGUGGGUUGACCCGCCGGUUGACCCCGAUCCUAAUCGAGAGAGACAAAUGGGCCACGUACAAUCACAGGUCGACCCGCUGCAAGUUACCAGGUUGGAGGUCAUACGAUGCCAUUUUUCCUUUUAGUUUGUGAAAUGCGCCUCUUCCGAUUUUCCUCUUCGCCUAACCCUAUUUUUGGAAUUCUAAGUUGAACAAAUAUUGAUGUUAAAUAAGUGUGUGAAUUUUCACUAUAUGCUAGAUCCAAGUACGAUGUAUUAUUUUGUUGUAAUGUUCUAUGUUAUUACUCAUAUGUUAAAUGAUAUUUGAUUAUAAUAUAUAAAUGUAUGAUCAAUAUAAUGAUUUUUUUUUCCAUAUAUCAUGACUAAAUCGAACUAAAGGUAUUAGACCAUUAACCAUUAGUCCUUAACCCAUUUGCUUGAUCGGACCAACUAUGUAAACCGGCUUGACAACCUCAGUUUUUACCCUAGGUAAAGGUGUAUUUUCAGGUAGUGGUUGUUGGUUAUGCCAAAUGCCAUAUACUUUGGAUCGGCUAAAGUUUUGUGACAGUUCAUUUGACAUUUGGUGUAUUGGGUGGUUUCUGCCACGUGAGUUGGGGCAAUCCCAUUGACUUGGGAAAUGUAAUACCAUUUUAAAACGAUCGCCAAUUCCAGUUAUCAGCAUGAGCUGCUAGUUACUUGCUGUACCGUCCAGCCUUGGAUGCAAUUCUUAGAGCGGGCAAAUUCAUAACUAAACUCAAAGCUUCCAGAGAGGCAGCAGAAGCAGAAUUUGACUUGAAGAAGAGGGUGAGAAUAGUCCUAAAAGCCCAAGCCACCCACCCACCGCACGUGCAAUUUCCCCACACCAAACUAGCUAGCCCACUUGGAGAGAGAGAAUCAUUUCUACUUUUUCUAUUGAUAUGAUUUGAAUCGGACUAUCAGCCGCUAGGGAUGGCAAAAAUAUCCGUAACCGUGGAUAUCCACCCGAACCCGGCCUAAUCGGGUAGGGUAAAACCCGAACCCGAAGGACAUUUAGUGGGUAUGGGUAAAAUCCGAACCCGAAUAUUGCGGGUAAUGGGUGGGCAUGGGAUUCUCAGUAUCCAACCCGAACCCGCCCGAUUAUACAUAUACAUAUGUAUUUUGUCUAGAAAUAGUCAUUAUUUUUCUCUAACAUAUUUUAUAUUUAGCAUAUAAAUAUAAUAUUUUCAUAAAAUUGUGUUGUUUUAAUUAAUUUUCUUCAUUCUAGUGAAUUAUUGUCAUACUUUUCCUCUUCCGUAAUGUGAGAAUACGUGUGAAUGUUAACAUAUUAGUUGGAGUUAUGAAGAGAAAUCAUUACCCAAGGAUAACCGUGGAUACCCGAAACCCGAACGGGUAUGGGCAUGGUUUUAAUUUUCUACCCGUUUUAUAUGUGGGUAUGGGUAAAACCCGAACUACUUUGGGUAAGGUAACAGAUAUGCACUAUCCGUCCCCGACCCGACCCAUUGCCAUCCCUAUCAGCCGCUACGCCUGAAAGUCACGGGGUUUGUAACCGUCUCUUUGAAGUAUAGUGAAAACUGGCUCUCUCUCCUGUCCGUGGACUAGCUAACACACUUUGUUUUAGUGAACCACGUAAAUCAUGUGUCGUGUCUCUGUUUUCAUUUUCUUGUUUUGUCGAAUCCUCCGAUUUAGAAGUGUAGUUAUAACACCUUCCCAAUAAUCUAUAGCUGACAAAGAGCUGGCAACCAGCCACCCGUGCAAGCUGCAGCAGGCAGUGGACUCCAGCGAGCAAUGAGAGAGAGAGAGAGAGAGAGAGAGAGGCAGUGAAGGUAUUUGUAUUUUUUGGGAACAGGAACCUGACACUCUCCUUCUUUCUCUAAUUAUCACUCAUAUCAGCAUAUUUAAAAACAAAGAUCCAAACAGAGUCACAUACCCUUGUCUGCCCGCAACACAACCACCGCAGAUGUAGAAAAAAAAAUCUUUAGCUAGGUAUCUCGAUUCUUGUUUUUUUUUUUUUUUUAACGUUUGUGCCCUGAACCGACAAAUGAUCGUAGGAAUUCUUUUAAUUGCAUUUAAAUGUUCAAUAAUUAUGUUGGUCUUAAUUUACUCUUUUUAUCAAAUUAAUUUAUACUUUGAAUGUUCAGUAAGAAUCUUGGACCAAGAUUUUGUCCCGAUUGUUAGGUAAGUAAAUUGUUUGCCUUGUUCAUAAAUGAACAAAAAAAAAAAAAUGCUUGGCUUGUCUCCUUGUGGAAUAUUAAUGUAGUAGUAGUAUAGCAUAGACACGUAUCUUAAUUAUGUAGCGAAAACAUGAUCACUACCUAACUGAUCAGUGUUUUACCACCUAAAAGGAAACAAAACACAAGAGUUUUGGUGGGAUCACCGUUUCUUGUUCUUAGGAUGUGUGAUGAACUAAGUGAAAAAAAACAUUUUUAAGAAAAUUUAGUAGGGAUCACCGUCUCUAGAAUAACUGGAGCGAGAAUAUCAACAAUCUUCUUUCGGCUCUUGAGGGAAAUGGCCUUGUAGUGAGCCAGCUAAUCUCUGGGAUUAGGAAUGGUCUUUGUCGGGCCCAGGGAGAGUGCCUUGGGCCAUGGUGGUCACAGUCUGGGCCAUGUCCCCAAUCUGGGUCUGGAGAUCCCCAGCGGCGUAUCCAGAACACAAUAGUGCACUGGGCCGGAUUUCAUUAGAAAUUAGAUAUCGUAAAAAGGAUAAUGAUUUUAUAUUUUUUUACAAUGUCAAUUGUUCACGAUGGUGUUAUAAUUUAGCGAAUGCAUCAAUAAUGGAGUCUACAUCCAUGCCAAUAGUAUGCUUUGUUUCAAAUAAAAUACUUAAGCAACCGGCGAGUAAUUCAUCGCUCAUUUUGUUGCGCUAAUUAAUUUUCACAUGUUUCAUUGUUGAUAAGGUUCUCGCUGUAGUAGCUGUUGAAACGGACAGCGUCAAUACUAAAUCAAUCGACUAAUCAAUUUCCAUUGUGUGCCAUCCCUAUAUCCAACAACUGCUCUAGUAAAUUUUCAAUGGAAUAAAUCUCAUAUUUCUUUUAUUAGUCUUUUACGCAUUAGACUUUUAAAAUUUCAGGUCCGUUGUUUUUGUUUAAACGAAAAUCUUUAGGGCUAGAAUUUAUAAGCUAAAUUUAGAGUAGUUAUUUGAAUAUGUUCAUAUGAAUUAUUUUUCUAGUUACACACAAUCUUAUUAUAAAAUAACACUGAACCGAAUGUCUAAAAUCGAAAAAUUCAUAAGGGCUAUACUAACAUUGGAUCCAGAGGAGGGCGGGCCUGGGUUGGCCACCCCCUGGAUCCGCCAAUGGAGAUCCCGCAAUAUGGCCUGCUGGUAUUAGGGAUGGCAAUGGGUCGGGUUGGGGCGUGUUUUGUCAAACCCAAAUCCAAACCCAUGGGUUUAUCCGCCAAAAAAACUCGGAGUAAAACCCGUUGGGUUUGAAAAACUCAAACCCAACCCAACCCGUUGGGUAUCCGCGGGUUCAUGGGUACCCGUGGGAUUUUGUGGUAAAAAAUUUACAAUAACAAGUUUCUUUCAAAAUAAAAGUUUAACAUCAAU